AUGUUCAAGUUCUCACGGCGCAUUGGGACAACAGCCAAUCUCGAUGCGCAAUUGAUCUUGAAGGACCACAAUCCAGAUACCGAGAGUGCGCCCAUCUGCAGCAUUGGCAUAUUAUUUCGCAAAGGCCCUGCGAUGCAUACGGCACCCGCAUUACUGGCAAGAGCCGCCACGCGGCCGAGUGCCAGCACUCAAGUUCUACCAAAAGCAGCUCUAAGCUCAAAACCAAGGGCGGCCUCAGCACCGUCUCUACGCGCCUGCUUCUCAUCCACAACAUCUAGUCAGCAGCAAUCUAGGAACCGGGUCUAUUCAUCCGUCCGCAAUGAAGACCAGUUCAGGACCUACAUCGCCGCCUCCUCAAGCUCCCGGAGGCCCCUCCUGACUCUGUGGACAACCAGCUGGUGCUCCACGUGCCACCAGGUCUCGCCCCUGAUCAAGUCCCUGGUGGAAUCCGGGGUGGGCGAGGCUGAGGGUGGCGUCGGGUACUGCGAGGUCGAGUUUGACGCGCCGGACGUGAUGAGCGCGGGCCUGGGCCUCAACUACAUGAUCAGCUCCGUGCCAACCUUGAUGAGCUUCGACGCCGGCGAGGCUCAGGUCGAGACCAAGGUCGCGGAUGGCAAUCGGUUGAAGGACAAGAGGUUUCUGGAGGAGUGGAUCAGGACUGAGGCUAGACGCCACGGUGGGAGGGGAGGGGGAGGCGGCGGGGGAGGAGGGUCUAUCUUUGGUGGGCUCUUUGGGAGUUUCAAGGGUUGA